AUGGACCAUGGCGAUACCUCCAGCGAACGUCGCGAGUCCCUUUCCUCCUCAUCAACUCGCUCCCUCAACAUCGCCCUCGUCAGCGACUACUUCUUUCCUAAGGUCGGCGGAGUCGAGUCGAGCAUCUACAGCCUAGCACAGUCGCUAGUCAAGCGCAGCCAUCGCGUUGUCGUGAUCACGCACGCCUAUCCGCCUAGAAACGGCGUACGAUGGCUACCGAACGGCGUCAAGGUGUACUACAUUCCCGUCCAGCCCCUCCCGCCAACCCACGUCCACGCUACUCUGCCCAACUUCUUCACCGCCUUCCCCUGGAUCCGGUCGAUCCUGACCCGCGAGUCUAUCGACGUCGUCCACGCACAUGCGGCACUGAGCGCGCUCGGGAUGGAGACGAUCAUGCACGCCCGCACGAUGGGCGUCAAGGCGGUCUUUACGGAUCAUUCUCUCUUUGGGCUGGGCAAUAUGGCCGAGAUCUGGGGCAACAAGAUGCUCAAGGGGUGUCUGAGCGACGUCGAAGCUGUCACAUGCGUCUCGCACACGAGCAAGGAGAACACCGUCCUGCGCGGCGCGCUCAACCCCUCCCUCGUUCACGUCAUCCCGAACGCCGUCGUCGUUUCGCAGUUCAGGCCGGCUGAACCUGUUCCUCCUGUACCCGACAUCCUCACCAUCGUCUGCAUCAGCCGCCUCGUCUACCGCAAGGGCAUCGACCUCCUCAUUGCCGCCCUGCCGAAAGUCUGCGCUCUCCACUCAGACGUGCGAUUCCUGAUCGGCGGCGACGGACCCAAGAUUGUCGAGCUCGACCAGAUGCGCGAUAAGUACCAGACGCUCCUGCGGGACCGCGUCGAGCUGCUCGGAGCUGUCAAGCACGAGGACGUGCGAGAGCUCCUCUCGCGCGCGCAAAUCUUCCUCAACCCCUCGCUCACCGAAGCGUUCGGUAUCGGCAUCCUUGAAGCCGCCUGCGCCGGCUUGUUCGUCGUAUCGACCCGAGUAGGCGGCGUACCGGAAGUCUUGCCGCCUGGUCUCGUGGAGUUCGCCGAGCCUGAUGUCGACGACCUCGUCCGAGCCAUCUCGCGCGCAAUCACCCACGUCCGAUCCGGCUCGCACGACCCGCUGCUGGCGCACGAACAGCUCCGCCAAGUGUACUCCUGGACGGACGUCGCUGAACGUACCGAGCGUGUCUAUUACCACGCCAUGAGCGUGCCGCGAGUACCGGUCGUCGAGCGGUUGAGGAGGUACUACGGGACCGGAGCUGUUUUCGGCAAGAUCAUGUGCAUCAUCAUCAUCGUCGACUACAUCCUUCUCGCCAUUAUGGAUUACUUCAGCCCGCGCGACAAGAUCGACCGGGCGCCCAAGUUUGACCUCGAGCGGUGGAAGCGGAUCUGCCGUGAAGAGCUCGAGAAGGAGAGGGAGGCGGACGCGCGAGAAGCGCGAGAGGCGGACUUGUCGGGCGGCGGGAGCGAUAUCUAG